AUGAUAGCUCACGAAGAUGAGAUAGCAUCUCUUAAAUCUGAGAUAAAAUCUCUUAAACAGCAUCUUCACAAAGUAUUACAGAAUUUAAGAUAUAAAGAAGAUAUAGUUAAACAGUUUAAAAAGUGA